AUGGCCUCGCUGGUGCCAAAGCUGCUUCCCUGGGGACGGCUUGUGCUGCUGACCAAAUCACAGAAGGAACCUCUGCCUGAAAAUUAUGAUUUGUCUCGCUCGAAACAUUGCGUUGGACGCGUCGCCAAUCGCAGUGACAUUCAUAUCCCCAAACAAUUCAUCAGUGGCAUCCACUGCAUCAUCCGUCUGCUAGGAAAAAAUGAUAUGGGAGAAGCUCUCGUUGAAAUUGAGGAUCUAAGCCGCUACGGUGUAUGGGUAAACCUUCGAAAAGUGGGGCAUUACAAAAAGGCGACGUUGAGGAAUGGUUACGUGAUUCACUUUACACCUCCUGAAUCUAAAGAUGUGUCAGAGCUCGCGUAUAAAUUUGAACUUCUACCCGAUGGACUGACAAAAGAGAAUGAGGCACUUCAUGCACGAAUGAGUGCUGACGAAAUGUCAGUAGCUAGCCGCACGCGUAAGCGCUUUCAUGAGGAGCUACAGUGUACGCAGAGUCCUACUAAGGUGGUACCAACGCCUUUGCGUCCUAGACCAGCAAAGAAGCAACGGCAAGUAAGUAUCUACCAACAAUCGAAUCAAGACGAGCCGGUUAAGGAACCGGAUAAUGGGCACAUUGUCACUUCAGCCACGCAACAAUCACGUUUAACGACUAAAGAAACGCACUCUCCGACAAAAAAAUCAGCUGGUAAGAGACGGCGACGCUCUGAAGAACCGGCAUCCGAGAGUAAACUUGCAAAGCUUCAAAAGCAAAAUGACGAGCUUAAAGACGUCAUUACUGAAAAUGCCGUCACAUUGAUUAAGCAAUUACGUAAUGCACAAAAUGAGCUGGAAGCGUUGCGGAAAGAGAACGAGGCACUUAAGAAAGCUCGCGAGGAAGAUAUUGCAGCUCUUAAAGAGCUCCAUGAGGAAGAGGUCGAAAGGUUAAAGGGUCAAGCUGCAGUAGAUUUGGCGAGAAUUAAAGAACAAGCCAAGAAGAAGGAAGAUUUGUUACAGCAAGAAUGCAGCACUUUGAAGAAAGCUCUCGAUUAUGUCGUUAAUGAUCCAAAGAUGCCCCAUCAAAUACGAACAAUAUUCGAGUUAGAGGCAAAUAUCCAAGAGCUUAAGCAUCAACUUAAGACCGAGCAAGAGGAUCAGGCUUUCCAUUUGCAGCAUCAAGAUCGACCGCAAUUGACUCCGCCUUCGAGGAAGCAGCUAGUGGAGCUUGAACGAAAGGCUCAUGUAGGCCGUCAACUCUGUAUAUCACAGGAAGAGACAGGUCGGAUGAUACGACAAAUGUACCUUCAAGUCAAUGAGCGGUUACAAGAAGAGAUGAAAAUGUCGGAAAGCAUCACAAAACUUCCUUCCAGCCUGUCAGGAUCAAGCCAAUCGCAAGAUUCGAUUGACCAGCGACACUCUGACCACCGUAGUUCUCAGCUAUCGGAGGCAUCGAAUGAGCAUUCAGUAACUUCUCCGACUGAUCCCCCGCUGACAAUUGAUGUUUCUGAGACAGAGACGAAGAGCGGUGAGACAUCGUUAGGACGCCCACCACUGUUUACCAUUUUUGGUGCACACAGUACGACAGCAGACACUGGUAACAAUACAAUUAAACCUGCGAUCUUGUCCCAACCAGAUCUUUACCGCGCACGUGGAGCCAAGCGAGCAGAGGAAAGGAAGGGGGUACAAGAUGAAAAUGAAGAUGAAGAGGCGACAGGCAGAGAUUGA